AUGAGAGCCUUCCGGCUAUCAAGCACUGUGGCCCAGGCUGGCCCAAUGGUCCACCACAGUCAACUUGACUGUUUGAUGUUCACAUCUCAAACGCUGCACAAAUCUCCUACCUUUCACCUUAUUCAAUUCGACCCACUCGCUGCGGUCAUUGAAGUCUGGCAUUCUUUUCAGCAAAAACAAAAUAAUCAACAACACUUUGACAUCACAACGUUCAACUCGUACAUAGUCCAUUGCCCGAUUUUUCAGUUAUCACCCCGAGUGCUCGUUGGUCAACAAACGCUUCUUCAAUUUAUCUUCACCUUACACCUACCUUUACACUCAUCCACAGAAUCCAUCAUGAGCAGCAUUCGAUUAUUACAGUCGCUGCCUCAGCUUCCUCCCAGGGUCAAUCCUUACGAAUAUUUGAAAGAGUCAAUGCAGGCAGUGGUUUUUCCCACUAUUCCAUCCUCUGAUCCAGUAUACGGUCUCCUAAUCACCUUCGCCGUAGUCUACGUCGUCAUAUUCUGCCUUGCGGUUUCACUCGUGGUGAUUCCAUUCACUCGGAAUCACGCAUUUCAACAGAAACACCUUUGGCUUUGGAAGAAAGAACGUGUUGCACAAAAUAAUCAAAUCUAUUCCUAUUAUAUCCCUAAUCCUGGUAUGGCCGUCGCCAUUUCACAAAUUUUUGCCAGCAUCCUCGCCGAGAUAUUCAUUGUGCUGAGCUACAUGAACUUUCAGUCGAGCCAGUUCUCGCAGCGUAGUUAUAUCAGUAUGUGGCUUGUGGUAUCCUACGUCCCAGGCUUUUUUGGAUUUUGGUUCAGUGGCUGGUCUGCACUCUACAUUUAUAUCCUCGCACCGGGCAAGACAGUGAAGCGGAAUGGGAGCUCAAAAAAGACCAUCCCUCACCCGCUUCUACUCAACACAUUGUGCAUCGGUGUACCUGCUGUGGUCUUGUUGGUCGCGAGCGGAUAUGGCAUCGCGUCUUUCUUCUUUUUUCGCUCCGAACAGGAAGCCUUUGUAAACCUCAUCUCUACAUUCGAUGAUCUAUCUGCUCAUUGGACUCCUCCCACCUCUAUCAAUCGUCACAUCGAUUAUGACACUCUUACGAGCGUUGUAUUCCCUUUUCACGACAGUAGUCAAUUCUUCCUUAGGCACUUCAAGGGGGCUUGCUUGGCCUGGUCCCUUUUCGUCAUCAUUGCCGUAAUUUUUUACACUGUCACCGUUGUCCUCCUUCUCAAACUCAUGAAAAAGUCAGUUGCUGUCGCUCGUGAAACAGCUGUUGGACUUUCAUUGGACUUUGAGAUGGAAAAAGGUCAUAGUGAAGCUACAUUUUUAACCGAUGAUCGAGCCACCAUGUCGAUUUUACAAGCCAAAAAGUUACGAAGGAAAUAUAUCUUCCUCGUGGCCCGAUGUAUGCUCGUUACCUUACUUUUACUCUGGUACGUAGUUACUGGUUUGAUCUUGACCAUCAAAGCUGAGGAUAUUCUCGUCACACCUGCAUGGCGAGUCACUUCCGCUUGGGUCAUCGUUUUUAGCGCUGCCUUUCUCUCUCUAUCUUUACUUAUUCAAAGUGGCCAGAUGCUACUUUCAAAGGAAGGGUCAAACAAAAAGUUAAAGAUCUCACAUCCAAUUCUACACAUGCAAACACCUGGACCAAAGUCAUCUGCACCUGCAAGCAGCAUCGCUUCUGUCUCAACAAUUGGAUCACCACAGGUUCAAUUUCAAACCCUUGAUCCAAUUCGAGAAAACUCAGUAAUCUAUAUCACUCUGGCUCCUUUAACUCCCACACCUCUUGCUUCACCUUCUCUGACACCCCUACCCCUACCUCUACCUUUACCUUCACCAUCACUAUCUGUUCCACCAGAAUUGCCACCUUUGCGAACUACUUCUUUACCAUUAGAAUAG